AUGACACGCUUCGGGGACUUUGAUGUCCUAUGUCGCGAUACCCCAUCAUACACUUGGUGUAACCUCUUCUAUCGCCAAGUACUCAAGAAAGCUUCGGAUAUCCUCACAGAUGCGUCCCUUCCAACCGCCUCGGCAGGUCUGGGCGUAAAUCCAACGUGCUCCAUUCCUCGAAUGGGUCACGAUGGUUCACUAGGGAACAUUGCCAACAUCGUCGUCUGUGCACUAAGUCUGCUGUUUACGGGCGUGCUCAUAUGGGCUACAAAUAGGCGGAAAGCUGCUGUCGGACGGAUAGAGCUCCGGACAUUCCUUCUGUUAUAUUUCAUCACACUACCAUUACAACUUAUCACCACUGGCUCUUUCCUCGAGCAGGGCUCAACAUCAUUAGUUGCCCUCACCGCUGUACAUGCAGGGUUUGUAGCAGCUCUAUUUUGGGCUCUAUUAGCAAACGCCCUCGUCGCGACGCAGGUUGUUGAAGACGGCACACCGAGCAGUUUAAUACCCUUUUACUUCUUUGCCGUCUGUUUCUUCGCGGCAACGACCUACAUCUCUUUCGAUGUAGCUCUCACCAUCACCUCUACAUUUGGCCCGUCAAACCCUCCAUCGGCGCUCCAUAGCAUCCCGCUAUUUGUCUUCACAAGUAUAUGGCCGGCCGCAUCGACCCUCAUAUACUUUGGCAUCAUGACUUAUAUUGUACUGGCGGUCUUGAACGAGGUUCGACCGAUGUGGUUUUACAUCCUGUCUGCGGCUCUUUUCGUCCUCAGUCAGCUGGCCUAUUUUCUGCUGAGCCGAGUUAUUUGCAAGGGAUCAUCACAAAAAAUUGACGGCUCGUUUGUUGCCACGAUUCUUGAGACCGCAGCAGUCGGUGUGCUUUAUCUUGCUUGGAAGAGCAUCACAGAAGAAUCGUGGGAUGAAGACCCGUAUUACGCUUCAUGA